AUGGCAGAACAACAAGUCAACAUAACAGACCUCGAUCCAGUCCAAUUGCAAGAAGUGAAAAAGCAACUGGAUCAGGAAUUAGAUCAUUUGACAAACUCGUACUCUCAACUGAAACAAGCCCAAAGCAAAUUCCGAUCAUGCGUAGAGAAUGUCAAUUCCCUAACACCCAGUUCGAAGGGGAAAGAAAUCCUAGUACCGUUGACGAGCUCCUUAUACGUUCCUGGUAAAUUGACGGAUACGGAGAAUGUAGUAGUAGACGUUGGAACAGGAUACUAUGUCAAGAAGACGAAAUCGGAAGCUGCCCAACAUUACAACUCCAAAUCCACUUUCGUUCAAUCGAAUCUGGAUACUCUGCAAAAAACGAUCGAAAGGAAACAGGAGAACGUGCAGAGUGUCGUACAGGUUCUACAGAUGAAGAUGCAACAGCAGCAACAGCAAGCUGCAAAGGCAUGA